AUGGGGCGUAGGGGCUCUGCAUCCCCAGUUAGGGACCGAAGGUCUCCUCGUAAGAGGAGCCCCGCUCGAACUGAAAGGUCUCCUGCUCCGCACAAGAAUGCGGAGCAGCCUUCAACUCGCAAGAGAUCACCAAAACGUGCAAGGUCAAGGUCCCCUAUACCUUAUUCAAAGGUUAGAGAGAAACCCUCUAGUCACACUAGAUCUCCACAGCGCAGGAAAUCAGUAUCUCCUGUAGCAAUCAAACAAAAGCCCUCAAGCCGGACCAGGUCCCCGAAACGUGCAAAGUCGAAGUCUCCACCACCUUCUUCUCCCACUAAAGAGAAACCUUCAAAUCGAACCAGGUCCCCUAAACGUGCCAAGUUGAGGUCUCCAAUGUCUCCUUCACUGGAGUUGGGAAAACCAUCUUAUAGAGCCAGAUCACCCAAACGUGCCCAGUCAAUGUCUCCUGAAUCUCGUUCACCUUCGCCACGGACAAAAAGGUUAAGGAGAGCUCGAGCUGGACAAGAUGAUGAAAAGGGGAGUGUGAAGGACCGUGAGAAAAACCGUGUUAGGAAGGGUGAUGGGGCUACACAUAGAGAAAGAGAUUCAGACAGGAAUCUGCCAAUUGAGAGAAGAGAUAGGUCAGGAAGAGAUGCAGUUGACAAAGAGUCUUCCAGAUUAAGACGCUCUGCUUCGCCAUCUGAACGCCACUACAGGAGUCGGCAGAGGUCUAAAUCUCCUCGAGCUUCUGAUAACAGAGAACGUGAUGAGGUAACAAACUCAAGGGUUGCUGAACAGCGGAAUGGCGACAAUGAUGCAAUUGCUAAAAUGAAAGCAACUGAAGACACUCUGGAAGCCAAAGAAAAGCAAAAGCCUUCAUUCGAGCUGUCUGGGAAGCUUGCCGAUGAAACUAAUCGAGUCAGAGGUAUAACACUGCUCUUCACUGAGCCCCCAGAUGCCCGAAAACCAGAUAUAAGGUGGCGGUUGUAUGUUUUCAAGGGCGGGGAAGUGCUAAAUGAACCUCUCUACGUGCAUCGUUUGAGCUGCUAUCUUUUUGGUAGAGAGAGGAGGGUUGCUGACAUCCCUACAGACCACCCAUCUUGCAGCAAACAACAUGCUGUUCUUCAGUAUCGGCAAGUGGAAAAGGAGAACCCUGAUGGUACCAUGUCUAAGCAAGCAAGACCGUAUUUGAUGGAUCUUGGGAGCACAAAUGGGACCUUCAUCAAUGAUGAUCGAUUAGAACCACAGAGAUACUAUGAGCUUUUUGAAAAAGAUACUAUUAAGUUUGGGAAUAGUAGCCGGGAGUAUGUGCUGCUACAUGAAAAUUCAUCUGGAUGA